CUGCGGGGCCCGGAUGUGGACGUGGCACCGCGCUGCAGCAGUUCCGCUGGAUGUCCGCUUCUGAUACCGACGAGGGAUUAGUGAGAAACACCUCGGCUCCAGCUUGUCGACCACCGGGUAUCACAGUUCGCCCCGAGCAGCGAAUAGCCGUUUACAAGACAUCGGAGAUUCAGGGAUGAUCUGAGGAUGAAUGUAAACCAGCACUCUCCGAUGCCCUCUCCGUACGGCCAGACCCAGCCCGGCUACGGCCAGCCCGGCUACGCGCCCCUCGACGGGGGCUACGCCGCGCCCUACGGCCCCUACAAUGGCCCCGCCUCGGCCUUCCAGCCCGGGGCUCCGCCGCAGGGUUAUUCUCCUUUCACAAGUUUUCCCUCUAAGGCUGUGGCCGCCAGCCCAGUCUCUGACCUCUCCUCUCCUGUCGACCUAGGUCCCGUCCGGGGUCCUCCUGCCUCCGGAGCCCCUCCGGUCUCAGCACCCCAAGUAUACAAUCAGUAUGGCCACGGUCAAGGGGACAUGCAGAAUGGACCCCCGCCUAUGACACAGGCCCCGCCCAGGCCUGCUGCGUCUCAGCCGUACCAGCAGGGAGCCGUGAACUUGUCCGGGCCACAAGCCUCCUAUCCCCAGCACUACGGGCCCCAACCCUCAAUGCAGCACGUCACUAACCAGAUGACCGGGAUGCAGAUCACCUCUGCACCGCCAACACCUGCGGGGCCGGGAUAUGCACCGCCGCACGGCUCCCAGCCUCCCGUCAACACCGCCUACUCAGGGGCGCCUCCACACGCUUACACCCAGGCCCCUCCGCCGGCGUCCUCGGCCCCAACCCAGCCGCCGCCCCCGAGUGGCCCUGCAGCUCCUCAGCAAUACUACAGAGGCCCGCCGGCUCCUUCUCAACAGCCGUUCAACUCGUCUCUCCCCCCUACCUCCCAACAGCAGUUUUCCUCUCCCGCGGCGCCACCCCCUUCCUCCCAGCCUACCUUUCCUCCCUCCUCCUACUCGGGUCCUGCGUCGACGCCGGGCCACGCUCCUGCUCCCCUGGUGUCCCAGCCACAGCAGUCCUUCGCGCCAGCCCAGCAGCCCCCCUUCUCCUCAGCACCUCCACCUGCCAGCCAUCAGUCUUUUGUCUCCGGCCCGCCUCCCCCCGCCCAGGGCUCCUUCCCACCUCAAGCACCCCCUCCCGCCUCUCAGCCGGGCUCUUUUCCGUCUCCUCAGCCGAUCUCGAUGCCUUCCGGGCCGUACCCAGGCCCCAUGCCGCCCCAACAGCAGCACCCUGCGUCCCAGCCAUCCCCCUACCACUCGGGUCCCCCUCCUCCAAGGGCUCAGAUGCCUCCCACUUCCAUGGCCCAGAGCAACCACCUGCCGCCAGGGCCUCAGGGCCCGCCGGGGCCUCCCGGGCCCAUGCAGCAGCCUCCCCCUCAGUCUGGCAUGCAGGGAGGAUACCCCCCUCAGCAGAAUGGUGCGUUCGGGCAGGUGAGAGGCCCCCAGCCCGGCUACGCAGGCCCGUAUCCCGGUCAACAAAACUACGGGGCCCCUGCACCAGCACCGCCUCCGGCUCCCCCUGCGCAGAAGAGACUGGACCCGGAUUCCAUUCCCAGCCCGCAAGCGUCUGACAUGCCGGCUGUGCAGAAAUCAAGACAUAGAAUAGACCCAGACGCUAUUCCCAGCCCAAUCCAGGUAAUAGAGGAUGACAAGGCCAAGAGCACCGAGCCAUUCAGCACAGGAGUCCGAGGUCAGGCGCCGCCGCUCGUUACCACCAGCUUCCAGGUCAAAGACCAAGGGAAUGCCAGUCCCAGGUUUGUGCGCUGCACCGCUUACAACAUGCCUUGCACGGCCGACAUGGCCAAGCAGUCUCAGGUGCCCCUGGCCGCCGUCAUCAAGCCCCUCGCCACGCUGCCACCAGACGAGACGCCUCCGUACCUGGUGGACCACGGCGAGGGCGGUCCGAUCCGCUGCAACCGCUGCAAGGCCUACAUGUGUCCAUACAUGCAGUUCAUAGAGGGAGGUCGCCGCUUCCAGUGUGGCUUUUGCAGCUGCGUCACAGAGGUGCCUCCACAUUAUUUCCAGCAUCUGGACCACACUGGUAAGCGGGUGGACUGCUAUGACCGGCCCGAGCUCUCGCUGGGCAGCUACGAGUUCAUGGCCACUGUCGACUACUGUAAGAACAACAAGAUUCCUCAGCCUCCAGCCUUCAUCUUCCUCAUCGACGUGUCCUACAAUGCUGUGAAGAGCGGCAUGGUCAACAUUGUCUGCCAGGAACUCAAGAGCCUCCUCGACUACCUGCCCAGGGAGAACCCAGAGAUGGACUCCGUGGUUCGGGUGGGCUUCGUCACCUACAACAAGGUUUUGCACUUCUAUAACGUCAAGGCGAGCCUGGCCCAGCCCCAGAUGCUGGUGGUGUCCGAUGUGUCCGACAUGUUCGUACCUCUGCUCGACGGCUUCCUGGUCGACGUAAACGAGAGCCGGCUAGUUAUCGAGAGUUUGCUGGAUCAGAUCCCAGAGAUGUUUGCAGAAACCAGGGAGACGGAGACGGUGUUUGGACCGGUCAUCCAGGCCGGACUAGAGGCCCUCAAGGCCGCAGACUGCUCAGGGAAGCUGUUUGUGUUUCACACCUCUCUGCCCAUCGCGGAGGCUCCUGGAAAACUAAAGAACCGGGAAGACAAGAAGCUGAUUGGGACGGAUAAGGAGAAGUCUCUGUUUCAGCCCCAGGUGGCUUUCUACAACACCCUGGCUAAGGAGUGUGUAGCACAGGGCUGCUGUGUGGAUCUCUUCCUCUUCCCCAACCAGUAUGUGGACGUCACCACGUUAGGGGUGGUCCCCGUCUCCACCGGAGGGUCCGUCUACAAAUACACCUACUUCCAGGCUCAGUCGGACAGGGAGCGGUUCCUCAACGACCUCAGACGGGACGUUCAGAAACUCGUGGGCUUUGAUGCCGUCAUGAGGGUGCGAACCAGCACAGGUAUCCGGGCGACGGACUUCUAUGGCUCCUUCUUCAUGAGUAACACCACAGACGUGGAGCUGGCGGGCUUGGACUGCGACAAGGCCGUCACCGUCGAGUUCAAACACGACGACAAGCUCAGCGAGGAGACGGGGGCCCUCAUGCAGUGCGCCGUGCUGUACACCAGCUGCAGCGGCCAGAGGCGCCUCCGCGUGCACAACAUGGCGGUCAACUGCUGCUCCCAGCUGGCCGACCUCUACCGCAAUUGCGAGACCGACACGAUCAUCAACUUCUUCUCCAAAUACGCUUUCCGAGGUCUCCUGAACAGCCCCACCAAGGCGGUGAGGGACACUCUGGUCAACCAGUGCGCUCAGAUUCUAGCCUGCUACCGGAAGAACUGUGCAAGCCCCUCAUCGGCCGGUCAGCUGAUCCUCCCAGAGUGCAUGAAGCUGCUACCGGUGUAUUUGAACUGCGUGCUGAAGAGUGACGUCCUGAUGCCGGGGGCCGACGCCUCGCUGGACGACCGGGCUUACCUGAGGCAGCUGAUCAGCUGCAUGGACGUGUCAGAGAGCCACGUGUUCUUCUACCCGCGCCUGCUGCCGCUGACCAAGAUUGAGAGCGGCUCGCUGCCCGUGGCGGUGAGGGACUCGGAGGAGAGGCUGUCUAAAGGCGGGGUUUACAUCCUGGAGACGGGGCUCCACCUCUUCCUGUGGGUGGGAGCCAGCGCUCAGCAGGAGCUGCUGCUCAACAUCUUCGGCACGCCGAGCUUCAGCCAGAUCGACCCGAGCUUGACAAGCCUGCCGGUGCUGGACAACCCGUUCUCUCAGAGACUGCGAGAAAUCAUCGAGUCGUUCAGAGCGCAGAGAUCACGAUACAUGAAGCUGAUGGUGGUGAAACAGGAAGACAAAUCCGAGCUGAUAUUCAGGCACUUCCUGGUUGAGGACAAGAGCGCCAGCGGGGGAGCGUCAUACGUGGACUUCUUGUGUCACAUGCACAAGGAGAUCCGCCAGCUUCUCAGCUAGGCCUACAGAGCCCACCUUCACCUGUAUGACCUCCUCCCACUCAGUUCACCCUUCCGUGUGAAAGAAAGCGCUUUAUCUUUUUUCUUUUUUACCUAAUAAACUAAAGCUGUCUGAUAAACCA